CGCAUAUUGUGUUUAGUCUUUGGGCCGAUUUAGUAGACAGUUCGUAUUGUUUAAGGUGGAACUUCAAAACCAUUAAUCGUCGUCAUGUCAUUUGUAUUGUGGUUGGCCCUGGUUUCAAUUGGGUGUCUUGUGAAUGUAGAGGCUGAAGCAAUAGAUGAAAACUAUAUUUUAACGCCAGAAACGCCUGUGAUAGACAAUUCAAUCACCGAGGCGCCUAGAUCAGAACAUCGAAAAAAAAAAAGCCAAUUUUCAGAAAUAGAUGCAUUAUUCAAAUACAUUAAUCGAACCAAUGAGGAAUUCAUGAGGAGUUCAGCUAAUGGAGUAAUGGACUACAAUUCGUACUUGGAUUCUUUAAGACAUGCAUUUAUUGAAUAUAAAAGGGCCAAUAUGGUCGAAACCUCUACUGAGCAUAACUUUGUUAGUUAUGGAUGGUAAAUCAAUUGAAAUUUUGACGUUUAUAAACAUGUAUUAAUCUUGGACUUAACUUUUUUUCAAUUAUUAAUCGUAAAAUGUAUUGUAUUAUCUACAGAUAAAAAAA